AUGCUCGCCAACAACAACGCUCAACGAAUGCGGUGCCUGCUGGGCGUCACGCUGCUGCUCCUUGUGCACUGCGCCGGCAGCACUCUCGCAGUGUCGGAGCACCACCGCUGCAUCUACGACUACGUAUCUAAUAAACUGCCUGGUGUUCAGACAGUGACACCUAUUUACAGCACUCCGAUGCAAACUGCGUUGCCUUUGUCAACUGAUCAGGGCGCGAAAACGUUUCGGCCUCCUGAUUCUGUCAUGAGGAAUAGAUUCCCGUUACCUUCCGGGGAUUUUAAGCCUCUCCGCGUCAAGGUGUUUGUGGUGGCCACGAAGGGCUCUCGGACCUGUGCGAGCGCCUCGGGUGAGAUCACCACCACGUUAGGCACCAAGGUGAGCUGCACGGAGGAUGACGUUCUGACGGCGGAGAAGAAGAAGAUUCUGGUACAGACGAUCCUCCCCGAGGCUGUGAAGCUGCACACUGAGCGGCUGUACGUGAGGCCGACUACUUUUCGCGUUGCUGCCCCGAACUUCAGUGACACGAAUGCCUGCGGUGAGUUGGACAUCCCUGAAGAGCACCACACUGAGGGUGUUGACGACGUCGACAUGGUGCUGUACGCCACUGCUGCGCCGACCGCUGAUGGCGCCUUUGCGUGGGCGGCGACGUGCGCGGUGCACCCCAAUGGGCGGCCGCUGAUUGGCGUGAUCAACUACAGCCCGCGCCACAUCGCACGCACGUCGCAGGCCGUCCGCGUCGCCGCACAUGAGAUUGCGCACACCCUUGGGUUCAACGUGAAGACCAUGGAAAAGUACAAAAGGACUGGAGCUGGGAUAUCGCCCAAGGGCCUCCAAGGAAGGAAGACUCCCGUCUUUGACGCAGCAAAUACGAAGAUAGUGACAGAGUACUUUUACAACUGUUCAAACAAGAACAAAAUGCCACUCGAGAACGAGGCACCGUGGAUGGCGGCAGCUGAGGGGGAAGCCAUGACACCUCCGGUGCGUGUCUCCCCUCCCGGUGUUCAGGCUGCAAGUGUGGCGGGAAUACAGGCGGAAAGCGCUGAUGUUUUGAAUAGCGAAGUCCCUGAUCUAGAGCCUGUUGUCGAGCAGAGAAGGAUUACAGUCAUCGACAUGCCACCACCGCCGCCGCUACAGGUGGAGGUGUCUUCCCACUGGAAGCGCCUCGUUGCGAAGGACGAGUUGAUGACCGGCCUUGUCGGUGCGGGGCGCUACACACUGUUGACACUUGCAGCCUUCGCCGACCUGCAGUUUUACAUGGUGGACUGGACAAAGGCGGAGCCGAUGAACUGGGGGAGAAAUGCUGGAUGCGAUUUUCUGACCAAUGAAAAGAAGUGCGUUGAGAGUGGCGUCUCUAAACACCCUGGCAUGUUCUGCACGGGUUCCACCGAUGAAAAGAAGUUACGGUGCACGUCUGACCGUCAGGCGUUGGGGACGUGUGUUACUAAAGAGUACGAAAACCUUCCUGAGAGAUACCAGUACUUCGAAACCAAGGGUGGCAAGAUGCGUGGUGGCAGGCGGGAGGACAUGAUGGACUACUGCCCCAUUGUUGUGGCGGGCAAAGGCUUCAGCUGCAUUGAUGGCGACCGAAGCGUCAUGCCGGGGAGUCUGGUCGGCGCGAACUCGCGGUGCGUGGAGGGGAAAAAUCUGACGGUGUUGGGCAACGAGGUUGGUGACGUGUGCGUGCACGUGGCGUGCUUUUACGGCUCGGUGUACGUGCAGUACGCUGGUGCCCCCACGUAUUACUUCUGCCCGGAGGGGAGGUCUCUGAGGGCCCAUGGCGACUUCGACGGGUACGGCAACAUCACUUGCCCGCGGUACGAGGACGUGUGCACCACCAUGCUGCCGGAGGAAGAGACCACCACGACCAGCGAUGUCCCCAGCCUGUCACAGUUCGUUUCAGAGAUGUCGAAUGUGCUGAUCAACAUGGCUGUCGAGCGGUACAUCGCAGACCCAAUGCCUGCAAAACAGCAGGAGAAUCAAGCCAAGGGCACAAAGAACGUACAAGUUACAGAUGUCACAGCCGCUAAACCCGAUGUAACCAAUGACAUCGAACAACAGUUGGCUACGGCGACCUCCGAUGCGUCUGAGAGUCAAGCUGCCACUAAGGCCCCACAGGGCGGCAGUACAGUUGCUUCUGGUGCUGGCGAUAGCCAGACCAGCACGUCUACAGCCACAAAUACCCCUAAAAACUCGGAGGCACCUAACAACACAGCCGAGGGCUCUCAGACAACUGCUGAGAGUAAUCGCCAGAAGAUUGUGUCAGCACAGGGCAAGAACCUUGAUCUCAAGCUGAAUGCUGAUGGUGGUGCUGCUGCUUCCGCUUUGAUGCCGCUUGUGUUGGCCGUCGUGGGCGCCUCUGCGAUCAUGGCGCACUGA